CCUCCAACAUACAACAUGGUCUUCCAAAUCAAGGAAAGAGCAGAGCUCUUCAAAAUCCCCAACUUCGCUGGUAUUCCCAAUGUCUUCUUUGCGGACUACCUAGGCACGGAAAAUGACACUUCAAGCCCAAUCUCCGGCUCAUGGUUCCGCAUCGAACAGGGUCCCGGUGCGACUCCCCCGAAAUACGAGUACGACGAGGUUGGUGUCGUUAUUGAGGGCGGAAUCACACUGAAAGAUGAAAGCGGGCAGACGGCCACCGUAAAGGCAGGGGACACAUUCUUCAUUCCCCGCGGGAGCACGAUUACCUUCUCGACCGAAUCGCAUGGGCUUGCGUGGAAGUGUGGUGCCAGGCUUCCAAGCAAACUGUGAAGUCAUCUAUGACAAGGGAGUUACAGAAAGGAAACUAGGAAGUAG